AUGGCAGAUCAAGAAAGAAAUUUUCGCACACACUAUUAUGAAAAAGUCGGAUUUAGAGCAGUGGAGGAGAAAAAAUCUAUUGAAAUCCUACUAAAAGAACAGCCAAUUAAACAGGAAAAGCUGAUUCAGUUUUGUUUACGUUUUGGUGUUCCUGCAAUGUAUAGGAUCUAUGUGUGGAAAAUCAUCUUAGGUAUGAAACAUCCCAUUUUGUCAAUAUUGUUGUUUAUACCGGUACGCAUAAUUUCAAAGAACCUAGAUACUUAACUGUUUUCAUUUCAUUUUGCUGUGGUUUAUAGCAAUUUAGCAUACGAUUAAGGAUCAAGGGUUUCUACAUUUAGCUCGUAUUUCAGGUAUUCUGCCUGUUAAUCAGAGCAAUCAGGAGUAUGUGUGGGAUCACAGAGAAGCUCAUGUGGAGGAUUUAGAGAAAGCUACAAUAUUACUUGCACCUCAUUCAAUACAUGCUCCCAAGGAGUACAAGAUGCUACAAAUGAAGCUCAUUGAUGAAGGACUGCUUCCUGUAGAAGAGGUAAACCAGGAUGUCCAUUCUUCUUUAAUUCAAAAUAAAUUGGUAGCUCUGGCAUUUAAAGGAUGACUAUACUAUUUAGUUUAAUAAGUGAAAAAUAGCUCCCAAUCUAAAGUAGUGCUUUGAAUCUCUUGGUAAUUUGGUAAAAUGCAAUCUUAACUAUACUUAAACAAGGUAUUUCUGUUACUAAUGGUUUAUAAUAACUUAUCUAUUGUCUGUUUUGGAGGCAUAUCCUCUGCCUGCUCUCUUGCCUGUAAUCUACACAUUGGAGUCUGCACAUUAUGAAUGAAAAAAAAAUCUUGCAGCUACUGUAAAAAAUAUUUCACAUCAAUUCAUUAAAUUAAUAUGUAUUUUUUUGAAAGCCUGUUGUAAUUAAUUUCAAGUGUAAAAUUUGGAGAUGUCACUCCUCACAGACUGAUAAUUUACAGAUUUAUAAGUAAACUGAAAUAUAAUGACAUAAUUUAUUAGCUCUUGACCUUUACAAAAGGCUCUAACUUGUUCCACAAAUGUCAGCCUUAUCAUGGUGUAUUUUUAAAAUUACAAAAACCCCACCUUUUUUCAGGAUGUCAAUGAGAGGGACAAUAUCUUUUUGUCCAUCGCUGGAGCUGUCAACAGUUUGGUUAGCUCUGACGUUGACCUGUUCUGGAUUUCCACAAGGUUUUACAAGCACAUCAGCCAAAGUUUCUACUCCUCUAUGCAGCAGUUUGUAAGUAGUUUUGUCUUUGGUGAUUUCAAUUAAAAUAAAUCUCAUUUUAUUCCAGCUUUAAAAUCAACCUGAUAAGAUAAGCUUAAGAUAGCCUGUGGUAAACAGAUAUUAUUACAAACAAUGGUUAAAGUGUAACCCUUUAGUUUUUGUCUCUGUCUUAAGCUGUUUUUGCUGUCAAAAGUGAUUUUGGACAUAAAUUUUCACUUCCUUAUAUUAUAUUGUCCUUCUUCAGGUUUUUUCCUACCAUUUAUAUAUUUCAUAUUAUAGUAGCCCUGCUGCUUUGUAUUAACCAUCUCCUUAUAAUGAGAUGAAGUCAGUAUUGGUAUCAUUUACUAUAGCACCAGCACAAGUAUGAUUCAUUUACUUUUUUCUUAAACUGUGUCAUUCCUUUUUGGGUUUAGGCUGUUGGCAGUUUAUUUUCUUCUAUCCUUUACCACUAUUUCCAGUACACUGCAUUUCUUUAUCUCGCUUACUUGCAAAAUGUUAGUUGUGAGUUUUUUCAUUCAUGAUUUAUUUAGUUUAUGAUUUAAACUUUGGAUUCCUGUGUCACUGAUUAAUGCAAUGUUUGUCUUCCUGUAAAAAAAAAACUGACCAUAUGACACAAACAAUUAAAUAUAUUCUUUCUUCCUGUAAAUACAGCCAGACUAUAUGAUGCAGUGCUUGAAGAAAGAGGAGCAAGGACUGAGACUCUACCAGCAUUUAAAUGAUCAUCAUGUUCUUACUGCUCUCCCCUUGAUGGAAUGGUUUCACACAUGCUACGCCAAUGUGUUACCAGAAACAGCAUUAGAAAGGUAAUGUGGACAUGCACUGUCUGUCAACUGCUGUAUAACAAAUAACCUACCCAAGAAAUUUCUUAAAAAUUUGAACUCAUUUCCCACCAAGAUUCUCUUUAUGAUUAAUGUUUUGACUGACUGAAAUUCUUUGAAAAAAAUUAUAGGGCCAACAGAAAACUACCAAUUGAUUUAAAAUUAUCAGCCAGAUAGCCCUGAUUUGGUAUUAAGGGAACAAAAAAAGGGAUAAUUGAGAUAUCAUGACACUAGUAGUUGCCAGCAGCUUUGCUUGCUGGGAUGUUGAGAUCUGUUACAAUUGUUGUUUUAAAAGAACCCCAAAUCAACACACUCCUCAUGCUGUCCUCUUGUAUAAAACAUUUUAGCUAAGUGUUUAUUUUAAUUUUUAUACUUGCAUUAGACUUUGUUUGACUGUUUGCAAAAGAAGGCCCUAUGCAGAUACAUUUGUUGUUUUGUUGCAUCCUUUUUUCAGGUUUUCCCCAUAUCUUCACAUAUUUCCUUUUUCCUAACCUGAUUGCAGUCUCUCUCCCCUUAUUAUCAUGUGUUUCUUGGGUCAAAACUACGGUAUAAAUAAAAUGUAAUGUGUGCCAAGUUUAAUGUUUUACAGCUAUAAGCAAUGUGUAUUGGAGAUGUUAGGUGCACAAUAUUGGCUACAAAAUAAAGAUAUUUGUUCCAUUCAUUUUCACUCAGGAAUUUUUGUGAGCUGCAAUAGAAAAAAACAAAACAAUUUCUGGCUUCACCAAUGUAGUUGUGCUCAUGUUAACUUGUCUUGUAUUUGCCACAAUUUUGUGACCUAGUUUAUGAUGUUUCAGAAUAUGGGACCGUGUUCUAGGAGGAUCCAGUGCCAUAUUAAUCUACAUAGCUGUAGCUAUCUUCCUUGUACUGCGGCGACCACUUUUAGCUCUGCAGUCAACACAAGAGAUGGUCAAUUACUUAAAGCAGGUAAGUCACAUACAAGUAGAAUAGGAAAUUGGGUCAUAGUGCAGAAAAUUAAAAUGGUGUAAAUCAUAGAGCAGAAUAGUAAAUUAGUGAGGGGGUCAAUCUGGGCAGAAUUGUAAAAUUAUAAAAUAGUGAGGGGGUCAAUCAUAGAGCAGAAUAGUAAAAUAGUAAGGGGGUCAAUCAUAGGGUAGAUGUAAAUUGAGAGGGGGUCAGUCAUGGAGCAUAACAGUAAAAUAGUGAGGGGGUCAAUCAUAGGGUAGAUGUAAAUUGAGAGGGGGUCAGUCAUAGAGCAUAACACAGGGGUGGCCAGACCUGUAGUAACUGAGAGCCAUUUUUAAAAUAAAAAAAUUUGUUGAGAGCCACAUUGAAGCACUAUGGGUCACGACCCCACUUUCAAUGAAAAAUUCCUUUUGUGAUUCAUUUUUAAAAAUUACUUUUUAUUCAAAUUUAAUGAUUAAAACAUUUUAAUUGUUUUAACCCUAACCGUAUGUUGAAGAAAUAUAUGCGUUACAGUUACACAAUUGAAGAAAUAUAUACGUUACAGUUACACAAUUAACAAAUAUCUAAAUAUGUAAAAUUUAUGAAUAGAAAUAAAUUGUUCGCGAGCCGCAAUGUGAACACAGAAGAGCUGCAUGCAGCUCACGAAAAGCCGCGGUUUGGCCACCGUUGGCAUAACAGUAAAAUAGUGAGGGGGGGCAAUCAUAGGGUAGAUGUAAAUUGAGAGGGGGGUCAGUCAUAGAGCAGAACAGUAAAUUAGUGAGACAAUUGGUCAUAAGGAAGAAUAGUAAAAUAAGGGGGUUUAGUCAAAGGGCAGAACAGAUAGGAUCUGAGCAGCCAUUGUUUUGAGACUAACUAAACCAGGAUAAUAAUAUAUUACAUCUAGGGCUUAACCAGAGGCAUUUUUUUUUACCCCGGGUCCGGUAUUUUGAGAAAAUAACAGGAGGGUCCAAGUGUUACACAAGAAAUUUAAUUUCUCAUUUUAUAUAAUAAAUGCUGGCCUUAAAACAAUAGACCUACAGACAAGCCUACAAUCUACAUGCAGGCCGCUAAGCAAUAAGCAACAGGCAGUCCUACACCCUACAUGCUGGCCCUUCAACAACAGUCUUACACCAUACCCACAUCUCUUUAUUGAUUAAUGUAAUAGUCGCCUCCCCCUAAAGAAAAAACUCAACCUUUUUACUGGAAAUCAGACAUGGUAUAUUCUUUAACUUUGAAUAUCCAAUGACUCCAUCUUACAAUAAAACAAUUUUUAGUGUCAACAUAUGUAAAUAAAUAUGGUUUUGUUUUGUAUUUUAUUUGACUCUCAGAUUCCUGAAGAUUGUGGAGACAGAAUUGUCAAUGAGGCGUUAGACCUGUUGCAUAAGAAUGCUGGACAGUUUCCCAUCAAGCCAGACUCACCAGCCAAUGAGAGUGGCAGAAACUCUGCCAAGUCACUGAGUGAUGGGGGUCUAAGCAAACCACCGCAUGUCAAGUCACGGCAGGGUUCCAUCGAUGGCAAUGCUGACAAAUCCCUCAGGAGCAUGAUAGACAGCAGAUCCGUGCUUGCAGAUUUCGGGCGCAAGUCUCCUGGUGAUAAAAAUGUAUAACUCCUUUCACCUGACAGUCAUGGUGUUUACCAAUGAGUUUCAAAAUAUACUGUCAGUGCCUCUUUAAGUUUUAUAGAUGCUCUGUUCAUUGGGCUUGUCUCAGUUGUCAUCAAACCAUCUGGUCGAGAAGAUGAGAUUUAAGCUUUUCUGCCAAGGAAUAUGAUUUUUCCCAUAUUUUGUACCUGUUUAUGGCGAUUUCGCAGAGUAUUGAACACAAUUUUGUACCUGUUUGUUAAAAAAAUUACAAAAAACACAAACAGGGAUGGAAGUUCAUAUCUAAGUGGAUUACUGAAUGGCUUGGAAUUAUUGAGGCAUUGAAAUUCAGAACAUCUUAAACAACUAAACUGAUCUGGGUGUUGCAAAGAUGGCAAAAGUGAAAUAGUGAAAGUACACUUCACAUCUGUAAAAACUGUCAAAUGUUUGCUUACCUUCCCUGUCACUGUCAGUUAUACCCAUUGUCAGAGAUCAUUUUCUAGAUGUAAUAAAUACACAGCCUCAGCUGCACUCCUACCACAUGUAUAAUAGAGUGUGAAAUAAACAGAGGGACUUGUGUGCUAUUUGGAAGAGUGCUGAUUGAAAGAACUUGGCAAUUAAAAUAUUUAUUUUUUUAAUAUUUAUUGCGACUUUUUAGUGUACAGGGUUUUUGGGAGUCUGUGUUCUGGGAUUGGAUUCUAAAAGGUUGGCAUUUAUGGAUAUUAGUCAAAGGUGUACCAUGUUCUUAUUUUGUUUAAUUUCAUAAGU